AUGCCGAGACUAGCCCCGUCGCCAGGUUCAUCAGAGGACGCAAGCGAUGAUCGGUCCGAUGGUUCCAAGUCCAAGUCUAAGUCCAAGGCGCCUCCACCCCGACGGUCAUCGAGAUCAUCCGGCUCUUCUUCAGAUGAGAAUGGCGACGACUCGUCUAGUCCAUCUCCGCCAUCUUCAGACGACGACGAUGGAGGCUCGAGAUCUUCCUCGUCAUCCUCGGAUUCGCAAGAUUCCUCUCCCUCUGAUUCGAAAGGCUCGCAGUCCUCUCGUCGGUCCCCUCCACCAUCAAAAUCAAAAUCAUCCCCGUCGCCGUCUUCGUCGCCCUCCCGAGCUUCCAGUUCCAGGAAUGGUGGAAAUUCCGACUCUUCACCUCCGCCGCCGACCGACGAGUCUUCCGGGGACGGCGAAGAUUCCGACUCUUCGCCGCCGCAGAAACGGUCAUCGCCUCCGGCGCAGUCGGAAGACUCAGAGCCUUCUCCGUCUUCAUCCUCCUCUCGGAGCCCUCCGCCUCGCUCAUCUCCACCGCCGCCGCCGCGAUGGAAUGGUAACGUUGACCAAGCAGGUUCUUCACCUCCUGAUGGCAGCCAGCCACCUCCUUCUCCUUCUCCCUCUCCUCCUCCUCCUCCGGCGCCGGCGAACCAUUCGGUGGUCUUUAUAGUAAAUAGCCAUCCCGGAGCACCGCCAGGGCUUGUAUCCAUCGCACCCCCUGGUACCGUCGGUGUGAUGUCUGCUCAACUCCCAGGAGCACAAGGUGGCGCCGUUGGGGCUGGCGGCAUGCAGGCUGCAGGUUCGUCAGCGAGUACAUCCAGUACUAAUGGUGCUGGUGGAAGCGCAGCUUCUUCGUCUGCACAACAGGUCCACUCAUCACAAGCAAUAAAUGGCCAGGUAGCGGCUGCCAUUGCUGGCGCUUCCGUUGCCGGUUUGUUGUUCAUCAUCGUGGCCAUUUUCUUCAUCGUGACGAGGAGGAGGAGGAAGAUGAUGGAGGGAAUGGUCUAUCACUCGGAUGGGAGCCGGAGCUACUACAUGCACUCGGGCCAACUCACCGGCUCCAACCACCCGUCGGGGGUGUUCUACGGGCCGCCGCCGCCGGGAGCAUCCGGCGGGUUCUCCUACGGCCCUAUGUCGACGCCGGGGCCACCGGGCUCCUCGGACAGCUUCAGAGGGGCAGGGUACCCGUCGGGCAGCAUGGAGUCCAAGUCGUCCUUCAGCUACGAGGAGCUGACGAGCAUCACCAGCAACUUCUCCCGCGACAACGUGAUCGGCGAGGGCGGGUUCGGGUGCGUGUACAAGGGGUGGCUCGCCGACGGCAAGUGCGUGGCCGUGAAGCAGCUCAAGGCCGGCAGCGGGCAGGGGGAGCGCGAGUUCCAGGCGGAGGUGGAGAUCAUCAGCCGCGUCCACCACCGCCACCUCGUCUCCCUCGUCGGCUACUGCGUGGCGCAGCAGCACCGCAUGCUCAUCUACGAGUUCGUCCCCAACGGCACCCUCGAGGACCAUCUGCACGGUCGCGGCGUGCCGGCGAUGGACUGGCCGACGAGGCUUAGGAUCGCCAUCGGUGCGGCCAAGGGGUUAGCUUACCUCCAUGAAGACUGUCACCCGCGGAUCAUCCACAGGGACAUCAAGUCGGCCAACAUCCUGCUCGAUUACUCGUUUGAAGCACAGGUCGCGGAUUUCGGGCUGGCCAAGCUCUCCAACGACACCCACACGCACGUGUCGACGCGCAUCAUGGGCACGUUCGGGUACCUCGCCCCGGAGUACGCGUCCAGCGGGAAGCUGACGGACCGGUCCGACGUCUUCUCCUUCGGCGUGGUGCUGCUGGAGCUCAUCACCGGCCGGAAGCCCGUGGACCAGGACCGGCCGCUCGGGGAGGAGAGCCUCGCCGAAUGGGCUCGGCCGAUCCUCGCCGACGCCAUCGAGACCGGCAACCACGACGAGCUGGCCGACCCGCGGCUGGAAGGCAGAUACAACAAGGCCGAGAUGGUGAGGAUGGUGGAGGCCGCCGCCGCGUGCAUCCGCCACUCGGCUCCCAAGCGUCCCCGGAUGGUGCAGGUGAUGAGGGCGCUGGACGUGGACGUGGACGAGGGGAGCAUGUCGGACCUGAGCAACGGGGUGAAGGUGGGGCAGAGCCAGGUGUUCAACAACAGCCAGCAGGAGGCCGCCCUCGAGCAGCUCCGGCGCACGGCCUUCGCCACCGAGGAGUUCACGGGGGAGUUCGAGCCGUCCGGGGAGUACGGUGCCGCCGCCAAUACUCUGAACCAGCCGCGGCCUGCGGGGUGA